AUGAAAUUGUUUGUGGUAGCCGCUGUCCUCGGAGUCUGCUUGGCAGACCGUCUGGAUAACAAAUACCUCCCUCCCAGGGGAAACGAUGGUGCCGGCUAUAGCGGCGGCGGUUUCGGCGGCGCCCCGGGCGCCGGCAGCUUCGGGGGCGCCGGUGGCAGUUUCGGGGGCGGCAGAGGCUCAGGCUUCGGCCACGGAGGUGGAUUCGGCGCUGGUGCUGGCUUUGGCCAAGGCCAGGCCGCUGGUUUCGGAAGCCAAGGAGGUUACCAAGCCACCCAAUACUCUGGAAACGCUUACAACGCUGGCGUCCAGAGCAGCCGCCCCCAAGACGCUGGUGCCCAAAUCUUGAGGUUGAACAGUGAUGUCACUGCUGAAGGAUUCUCUUACGACUUCGAGACUUCGAACGGAAUCCGCGCUGAUGCUUCAGGAGUGGCUACCAACGGAGUGCAAUCCCAGGGCAGCUUCGGUUACAAGGGUGAUGAUGGACAAGACUACAGCAUCACGUACACUGCCGACGAGAACGGAUACCAGCCCCAGGGCGCUCAUCUGCCCACCCCCCCUCCCAUCCCGGAAGCCAUCUUGAAAUCUUUGGAACAGAACGCCCGUGAUGAAGCAGCCGGCAUCUCUGAUGAUGGUUCUUACAAGGGUGAAGGCGCCGGCGCCGGCGGAUACGGUUCUGCCUCUAACAGUGCAUCUGGCUACGCCCGGGGCUCCGCUGGUGGCUUCGGAGGCGCUUCAGCUGGGUUUGGAGGCGCGAAGGCCGGUUUUGGUGGAGCCCAGGGUGGUUUCGGAGGUACCCAGGGUGGUUUUGGUGGAGCUCAAGGCGGCUUCGGGGCCGCUUCGUCAGGCUUCGGCGCUAAGGCUUCUGGCUUCGGUGGAGCAGCAUCCCGCCAAUACUUAGCACCCAAUGCCGGUCCUAGACCUUCAGGGUCAGGGAACUUCAACGCUCAAUCAGGAUACAAAUAUUAA